GGGAGUUGGGUUGCCAAUUAAUGAUCCGGUUUCUGUUGUUGAAAAUAUAUUUCAGGCAUAUUUACCAUAUAUUUUCUCUAUAUUUAACUGAAACUUUUAACUUUUAAAGCAGUACUAUAUAUGUGUAUAUGUGUAUCUGUUUUGCUGAUGCCUUUAAAUUCAUUUGAACCAUGUUUUUAUUGUUUUAGGUUGAUGGAGUAGGUUUAGGUACUUAUUGUCACAACUUGUAUUUUUAGAAUAUUGUCAUCAUUAUACUUGCACUAUAUUUAAUAUACAGACAUUAAUUUACUAGUUGAGCACAGUACUGUCCAGGUAUACAAAAUUGUAUUUUUACUAUGUUUAAGAGUAUAUUUCACUAUAUUUACUAUAUAUACAACAAUAUUUUUUUUGAACAUAGUGUUGAUUAUAGUCACUGAAUUGAUGUUUUUACAGCAUAUUGAUGUUAUUUUCUACUACCUACGCAAGAAGGGGAAGUAUCACAAUAACAGCAACUAUAGAUUCACCACUGCCAGCUGUAUUUUUCACACUUUAGUUGCUGAAAUUUACAAAUCUUGGGAAAACCCUGAUUCAUCCACAUGUGUCGCCAGUAAGGAAGAUGAACUGUGUGAGUACAUUAACGGGCACAGGCUGUUGGCUAAUGUACCAUGGUAUACUGUUGACAACGUACUAAUUCCUGUCAACAUAAAAGAGGAAAAUCACUGGAUUUUGGUUGUGAUAUCAUUCACUGACAGGUCCAUCUACGUAUACAACUCAUACCGAGCUGCAGGGCAUGAUGCUGUCGUUAGAGUCGGAGUGAAAAUGUUGGCUACUCUAGUGACACAUAGUCUACAAAUGACUGAUUUCUAUGAGAAGAAGGCGGAUAUAGAUUUUGUCACACAUCCUUCUUACAGAAAUAGAGAACAGACCGACAACUUUGACAUUGUGAAUGUAGACAAUCUCCCGCAACAAGCUCCCUCUAGCAUGGAUUGUGGUGUGUAUGUGGCAGCCUUCGCUGAAUACUUGAGCUCAAGUGCAGUCAUCCCAACCGAAUUCGAUGCAAAGUUACUCCGUAUGAGAUAUGGUGCCCUUUUAUGCGACUAUGCAUGGGAUAAGUCAAACAACAAUGCAUCAAGUGAUAACGAGCAGCCUCCAAGACCAAUUAGACCGGCAGUUGAUUACGAUGCAGUUGAUAAAGAGGAUCUUGAUUAGG